GUUAUUUGAAGAGAAAAAGAGUUCGGCGUGGGUUUGGGAGGUUUCUGUGUGAUGGGGAUGGAUGUGGACACUUGAUAAAGUUCUCAGAGCUCCGUUUGAGGAGAGAAUAACAACACGCCAACAAGUGUCCAGGCUUUAAAUCCUCUCAGCAGGCGAGUAAGAGUUUUAAAAUAACCCCCACUGAUGACAGCAGCUUGUAUGUCUGCAACAUUUAACCCCCGUUUGUUCUUCUAAAACUAUGCGUAAUUUUGAGAUAACAGUGCGUAAAAGUGCGCGUUUCUACGUUGCUCACCUCGCCCUCUCCUCGUCCUAUCCUCAUCUUCAUCUUCAUCGGAUCUAGAAAACGAGCAGCAGCCGUCAAAGCAUCUCAACAACAUGGCUGAGCUGCGACCCGCCCGGUGCUGGAGGACGGGCUUCUUCUUCUGCCUCUGGUUGCUCCUCUUCCUCUCUGUAGCCUCCGGGAGUCUUGUUGUUGUGUCGGGGAGCAACGAGACGUCGGGGGGUCCAGCCGGAGACACGCCGGAGGACCCCCACCACCAAACUAACUCCACCACUCACAAGAAGGCUUUCCCCGUCCUCUCCUUCAACUACCAGGACGUCAGGAAGCCCUUCGUGAUCUCUCUGUGGAUUCUGCUGGCCCUGCUCAUGAAGCUCGGUUUUCACAUCAUUCCUAAUAUAUCCAACGUGGUCCCGGAGAGCUGUCUGCUGAUUGGCGUGGGUCUGCUGGUGGGCGGGAUCAUCAAAGCCAUCGGAGAGGAAGCCCCCGUCCUGGACACCAAGCUCUUCUUCCACUACCUGCUGCCCCCCAUCAUCCUCGAUGCCGGCUACUUCCUGCCCAUCCGGGCCUUCAUGGAGAACAUGGGCACCAUCCUGGUGUUCGCCGUGGUGGGGACUCUGUGGAACGUCUUCUUCAUCGGGGGGAUGAUCUUCGCCGUGUGUCAGAUCGAAGGCGUGCAGCUGGCCGGGGUGGACCUGCUGUCCUGCCUGCUGUUCGGAUCCAUCGUCUCCGCCGUGGACCCCGUGGCCGUCCUAGCCGUGUUCGAGGAGAUCCAAAUCAACGAGCUGCUGCACAUCCUCGUGUUCGGGGAGUCGCUGCUCAACGAUGCCGUCACCGUGGUUCUGUAUCACCUGUUCGAGGAGUUUUCUCAUGCAGGAACUGUGACCGUGUUGGACGGCGUGCUGGGGGUCGUCUGUUUCUUUGUGGUUUCACUGGGGGGGGUUAUGGUGGGCGCCAUCUACGGCUUCCUGGGGGCCUUUACCUCCCGCUUCACCACACACACCCGGGUCAUCGAGCCCCUGUUCGUGUUCCUCUACAGCUACAUGGCUUACCUCUCUGCGGAGGUCUUCCACCUGUCUGGCAUCAUGUCGUUGAUAGCAUGUGGCGUAAUAAUGCGGCCGUACGUGGAGGCUAACGUCUCGCACAAGUCGUACACCACCAUCAAAUACUUCCUGAAGAUGUGGAGCAGCGUGAGUGAGACGCUCAUCUUCAUCUUCCUCGGUGUUUCCACGGUGGCCGGUCCUCACGCCUGGAACUGGACCUUCGUCAUUUCCACCGUCAUCCUCUGUCUGGUGUCCAGAGUGCUCGGAGUCAUUGGCCUCACGUGCAUUAUUAAUAAAUUCCGUAUCGUGAAGUUGACCAAAAAGGAUCAGUUCAUCGUGGCCUACGGUGGCCUGCGAGGUGCCAUCGCCUUCUCUCUGGGGUUCCUGCUGACCGACAACGAGAGGAAGAACAUGUUCCUCACCGCCAUCAUCACCGUCAUCUUCUUCACUGUCUUUGUGCAGGGAAUGACAAUCAGGCCUCUGGUGGAGCUCCUGGCCGUGAAGAAGAAGAAGGAGAGCAAACCAUCCAUUAAUGAGGAGAUCCACACACAGUUUCUGGGUCAUCUCCUCACAGGAAUUGAAGACAUCUGUGGUCAUUAUGGACAUCAUCACUGGAAAGACAAGCUGAACCGCUUCAACAAGACCUACUUGAAGAAGUGGCUGAUCGCAGGCGAGCGCUCCACCGAGCCGCAGCUCAUCUCCUUCUACAACAAGAUGGAGAUGAAGCAGGCUAUGAUGCUGGUGGAGAGUGGGAGCACCGCCAAGCUGCCCUCCACCCUGUCCUCCGUCUCCAUGCAAAACAUUCAGCAGAGAGGGUCAGGCAAUCGACGGGCCAUUCCGAGUAUUUCCAAAAGUCGCGAGCAAGAGAUCCGGAAGAUUCUGCGAAGUAACCUGCAGAAAACCAGGCAGAGGCUUCGUUCGUACAGUAGACACGACCUGAUGAUCGACCCGUUUGAGGACAACGUAAGUGAAGUCCGCUUCAGGAAGCAGCGGGUGGAGAUGGAGAGGAGGAUGAGUCACUAUCUCACAGUUCCUACAAAUCGCCAGGAAACACCGUCGGUGAGAAAAGUGUGCUUUGAACCAGAACAUCAGGUUUUCACCUAUGACAACAGUGAGAGCCCCCGGGGCCCGAGGGCUCGGCCAGAUCCCGGCCCCCUUGAUGCCAUUAGCCUGGUGAGUGAAUCCCAGCGGCCCAAUCAGAGCCGCGAGCCGAGAGCCAAAGUGCCUGAGGAGCAGGAGGAGCAAGACCAACUAAAACUAUCACGCUGCCUUAGUGACCCGGGGCCAAACCAGGAGGAGGAUCUCUCGUGAUGAAGCACAUAUUCAACUUUCAUUAUAUCUUUGUUGUAUUUAAUGAGUGGAGAUCAAUGAAUGGGAGUCGUAGCAAAGCUUGAUAUUUAUGAAGUAUUAUUCUUUUCCAUGUUAUGUUUUUUUUAUAUGAGAUUAUUAAAAAAAAGAUUUUAAUCAUGUAACAUAUUACCAAAGCAUGCACCACUGACUAUUUGCUAUUUCAGGACUUAAAUACAGCCUGAAGUUAGCAAAGGUUCACCAUUUUGUGUCUUAACAAACAGAUCUGCAUCAAAUAGAGCACUUGAAGCUCCAGAUGGGUGGAGGUGACCCCCUCAAAGCACAGUAUUAAGAUGGAUGAUGUUACUAUUACAGAUAUAUCAGUGUUGCCAUUUAUCUACGGAUGAGUAGCAAGAAAAAUCUGCACAGAAUUACCAAAGAAAUGUUUGAGGUGAACGAUGUUGUGCAAAUUGUACAAAGUUUGAUUAUGCCACUACAAAGUUUGCUAGUGGCAUUGCUUUAAAAAUGUCAUACUAAAAUAUGUUAACAAGUACUUGCCAAAAAUCUUGUGUACAGACAUUCAUGUUCCCCAGAAGAUGAAUGCUCAUGACUUUUACUCUACUGCCAUUAUGAAGUUUACAUUUUCUGGGUUGUGUUUGAAAUACAUCGACCAAUAUUCAAUGGUUUGCCAUAAAAUAUCCUUUAGACGUUCAUGCUCCCUUUUAGGAUGAAUCUAAAUGACUUAAUUCCUUGUCUCAUUUACCUGCCAUCAUCAACUCAAUCUUUUAAAAUACCUAUACAACUUAAAUGUCCAUUACAUUUUGUGUUUAGUGCUUAUCAGAAAAUAUUGACUAAAAGGGAAACAUGGUCAACAUUAUAUCAUGUUAGAAUGAGCAUGUAGAGAUGAUAUAGUGUUUACCCAUACAUGUGUUUACCUUGUUAGCGUGUUAGCAUUUAGCUCAAAGCAAUGUUCGACACACUUACGCCUGCAUUAUUCUAAAAAACAGCUAUCUAACAAUGUUUGUUGUCAUCAUGUCACAUAAUCAUUUAAAAACUGGGACACAUCGAGACAGUCUCUCUUAGAAAACAUUCAUAAUGUUACACUUUGUUGUGACAUUAAAUGAGAAGUAGUUGUGACAAGAAUGAAGAAAUGAGCAUGCUAAGAUAUUAUAUUUACCUUGUUAGCGUGUAAGCAUUUAGCUCAAAGCUAUGUUGGACGCUCCUAGGGCUGGGGUAUGCUUAAAAAGAACUAGCUUGUUUUUAGAUGUUCUAACACAUUAUUAUUUAUAGAGGGGGAUAACGUCACACAUCAAGACAGUCUCUCCUAGAAACUGUUCAUAUUGAUGUAGCUUACUUUCACAUUAAAAGUGACAAAAGUAGUUGUGACAAGAAUGAAGGAAGAGUGUUCAUACCGCAGUUCUUUUUUUAGCUCUGCCCAGCUGUCCAAAAACAGCAUGAGGUGGGUGUUAAUGUCAAAUAUUUAAUUUAGAAAGUUAGAAAAGUGUCACACACCCCCAUGAAUAUGACAUUGGAAAGAUGUGGGGGAAGAGGGAGUUUCCGAAGCUACAUUAGCAUCUGAUAAGCAGUUCAGAUGAGAUAUACUGCUGCAUUUGGUCUUUAUUUAACUCUGAAGUGUCCCAUUCUGGAUACAUCUUGUUGAAAUUCAAAUGUCACAUCAGUAAAAAAACUAUUUGAGCAGAUGGUGCCCUAUCAAUAUCAAAAAUGUCAAAACGCUCAAAGGUUUGCCUCAUAAAUUCUUGAUCGGACUAUAUGCUAUUGUGUCUAAAAACCUGCAAGAGGGUAUAUUCUUGUGUAUUGAAGUGUCCUUUAGAAAGCACAAAUCUGGUGAUCCAAGAAUAUUAAACUUCAAGAAUAAACUGCAGCAAUAUUGUUUGACCCAGGUCUCUGAACAAGAUUACUUUACAUCACUGCAUGACUGAUCAGUGUUUUCUCAGGGACUGCAACAAGACCCAGUAUUACCAGAUGGCCUUUGCAGAAAAGUGUUACUGCCUACACAUUGUGCCCCUAUCGCCUCUAUAUUGUGACUGUUUGUAAACUGCAGUGUUGUUUAGCUUCAGAAACAUUCCACAAGUAAUUGACUUUCUCAAUUUCCUUGUAACUAAGCUCGACAUGUGUCUGUUCCUGGUAACUGAGCGUGCUUAGGCUUUAAUUGGGAAGUUAAUCAUCUUCUCUGCACUGCCUGGGCUUUUGCUGCCUGCAUGAAUACCUUCAAAUGUAUUGCUUCCUGUGUGUUUCUCUGUUGUAGUAUUUUUAUAUUUUUGAAGGUGGAAAAUGAUCUGAAGUAUUGUAUAUUUGUCAAAUGAAGGAAAGCUUUAAUUCCUGUCUCAAAUAAAGAUGUCAUUGCUUAAGCUAAGUGAU